CGGAUUCCCAAAACCAGCAGCGCGGAAGGCGGAACACAGGAAGCAAAACCCCCUUCCCCUCCGGCUCGAUUCGAUCCUUCUCCGUCCCCCGAUCAUGGCGUCCUCCUCCUCCUCCUCGCAACUCGACGAUCCGUCGGCGAGGCGCCCGCCGCCGCCGCAGAGGAAGCCGCCGGUGCUGAUGCUGCUCCCGCUCAUCUACGCCCCCGUUCUGCCCCUCAUCAGGAUCGGGCUGCGGCAUAACCCGGUGUGGAGGGACCGCCUCUUCUACGGCGUCCUCGCCGGCGCAUUCGUACAUGGCACCUACCUCAUAUCAGAACUGUACGACGUGGAGAGCAAGUGAAUCAUGCCCUACAAAGCUCCAGCUAUGAGUUUGCGACAGCAAUUUAUGACGAUUGCAAGUCUACAAUUGAUGAGGGGGUGACUGGUUUUUCAUAUUAGCAUGUUUGCCCUCUACCUGUUUCUCUUAAUUCGAUUCAAGGUUUAUGUUUGCUAUACUGAUAGAAUGCUUGAGCGCACAAAAUAAUAUUGGCUGCCAGAGCAAUGCACCUGGCAACACUUGCAAAUUCUCUAUUCGUCGCAGUUAUCUAUUCCUCCUUAA